UCCCUCCUCCUUUCUGGUAGGUCCACAAUGGUACAGGCAGCAUCUUGCAGCACAAUGGUUGCAAGACGGUAAACGGGGAGUGAUUCAGCAUCGCAAUCGUCAUUUCUAGUCUAUACCGGUAUAUUUUCUUCAAUCGCUGCAUUUUUCUAGUUAUCUCCAUCUUCACGUUUAUUAUUCUGUGCGUGCUAGGUCGUAAAAUGUCUCCCGUCGGAAUGUUUUGAACAGAACUGUCACCGGCCUAGGAUCGUCGUCAGCUGGCACGGAAUGGUAUUUAUGAGCAGGCAUUUCUUCUAUUACUGCAGUGAACCAGUCCUGGAUGUGAAAAUAGCCUUUUGUCAGGGUUUUGGUAAACAAGUGGAUGUGUCAUACAUUGGCAAGCAUUACAACAUGAGCAAAUGCAAAGUGGACAACCAGUUCUACAGUGUGGAAGUAGGAGAUUCCACCUUCACAGUUCUCAAACGCUACCAGAAUCUAAAACCCAUCGGUUCUGGAGCUCAGGGAAUCGUCUGCGCCGGGUACGAUGCGGUCCUCGACAGAAACGUGGCCAUCAAGAAGCUCAGCAGACCCUUUCAGAACCAGACCCAUGCCAAGAGGGCAUACAGGGAACUGGUGCUCAUGAAAUGUGUCAAUCACAAAAACAUCAUCAGUUUAUUAAAUGUUUUCACACCACAGAAAUCACUAGAAGACUUCCAGGAUGUGUACCUGGUGAUGGAGCUGAUGGAUGCCAACCUGUGCCAGGUGAUUCAGAUGGAGCUAGACCAUGAGAGAAUGUCCUACCUGCUCUACCAGAUGCUGUGUGGCAUCAAACACCUGCACUCCGCUGGAAUCAUACACAGGGACCUGAAACCUAGCAAUAUAGUGGUGAAGUCUGAUUGUACGCUGAAGAUCCUAGACUUUGGCCUGGCCAGGACUGCAGGUACCAGUUUCAUGAUGACCCCGUACGUAGUGACACGGUACUACAGAGCUCCAGAGGUCAUCCUGGGGAUGGGGUACAAAGAGAACGUGGACAUGUGGUCUGUGGGCUGCAUCUUUGGAGAGGUGAUAAGAGGGACAGUGCUGUUCCCAGGCACCGACCAUAUCGACCAAUGGAAUAAGGUGAUUGAGCAGCUGGGCACGCCCUCACCAGAGUUUAUGAAGAAGCUGCAGCCCACUGUCCGUAGCUACGUAGACAACAGGCCCAAAUACGCAGGCCUCACCUUCCCCAAACUCUUCCCCGACUGCCUCUUCCCUGCAGACUCAGAGCACAACAAACUCAAAGCUAGCCAGGCCAGAGAUCUGUUGUCUAAGAUGUUGAUUAUUGAUCCAGCCAAGCGGAUACAAGUGGACGAAGCCUUACAGCACCCCUACAUCAACGUUUGGUACGACCCAGCCGAGGUGGAGGCGGCCAGGGAUCUCGUCCAAAUAUCAAUGCCUCCUCCUGCUAUCUAUGACAAACAACUGGAUGAGAGAGAACACUCUAUCGAUGAAUGGAAAGAACUAAUCUACAAAGAGGUGAUGAACUUUGAGGAGAGGACGAAGAACGGGGUAGUGAAGGGACAACCCUCUCCCUCAGGUGCAGCCGUGAACAGCAGUGGUGAGAGCCUCCCUUCCCCCUCCGUCAACGAUAUCUCCUCCAUGUCCACCGACCAGACCCUGGCCUCAGACACCGACAGCAGCCUGGAGACCUCCACAGGACCCCUGGGGUGUUGCAGGUGACUAGCAGCCUGCCUGCGCAACCCAAUGUUUUUCAGAAGGUGAAACACAAUGUCCAAACAACCAACCAACCCACCGAAACCUGAAAAAUAACAAAGAUUAUUAAAAAUAAAAAAGUAUCAUAUUAAAGGGAUGUUUAAGAAAACGUAAAGAAUCAUGAUUAUGAAAGUUAAGCCUGCAUUUUCAUUCAAAUAGAAACCACAAAAGUAUAAGGAAAAAAACGGAAAUAUAUAUUUAUGAACUUCUAGUUGCUUUUCUUAUAUCUCCUCCCCUAUAUGGCACCAUAAAAAAAAACACGCUUAGACAGGCAUCUUUCUGUCAAGUGUAAAUUGACUGGCUGCUGGUAACCCAAUACCUUGCAAGCGCCUGUGCUUCAGUCGAUGUGGCAAGGUGGGCACUUUCCGUACAUUACUGUACAGCAAUAUAUAAACCUCCAUUCACUUUCCCCUCUCCCCUAUAUGACGGUAUUGCUAUGUUUUAAUAAACUCUAGUUUUGGUCCUUGGGGUUGUCUCCUGUGUGGUUGACAGAUUGGUGUGUUUUUAUGUGAUUAUUUCUGCAGGGGUUUGUGCUAGUGCUCGACACUGCAUAGCACCCCCGUCUUUUGUAAAUAUCUAAUUAUGUACAGUUGCGAGCUAGGCACGCAGACAGACAGAGAGUGGGACUGAUGGCCAGUACUGGAAGUUCUUCUAUAGCACACCUUACCACAUGACAUCACCUCCUUGACCCCUGACCGUUGACCCCUAACCUUUCACCUUAGUUUGACCCCUUGCCUUUUAGUCAUGCUGCAUGAUUACAAAAGAUAACACUAAUUAUAUGAUGAAUGACAACUAUAGGUACUUUUGUUUAUAAUACCAUUUAACGUAAUGGAACUUUUCAACCGUAGUGGUGCAGAAACCCGUGGACAGGGGAGCUCUGGUUGAUGAUAGAUAUAAAAAUAUACAUACAGUGUGUGAUCUUCUGCAGGAGCAGGGCUGAGCAGGUGUGGGUUCAGUUCCAUUUCAAUUCAGUCAAUUCUGAAAGUCAACUGAAAUUCCAAUUCCACAUUUUUCUCAUUGAAAUGCAUUUAGGAAAAUUGUAAUCAGAACUAGAAUUCACUGAAUUGAAAUGUAAAUUCACCCCAACCCUGUUGCUCAGCUGGAACCUUAAGUUCUCAUAGCUGGUUUGUGCUUUUGUGAAAUGAAAUGAUAUCUCUUCUGACUGCAUCCCUGCACCUCUCCAUGGGCUGUAGACAGUCCCACGCCUUGCAUGUAAUUCCCAAUGUCACCUAACCCCAACCAGGGAGGUCACUCACUCUGUUUCUGUGUCACUACUGUGGUGUGAAGGAGAGAAGUUCAGGAGACUGUCGCCUUAUAUGUGUGUGUUACUGUUGGGGGGGGUGUUUGUUCCUCAAUCGCAUCCAUUUUAAUUUACAUUGAAUGAGUACUACUGUAAUGCUAUAUUUUGUCAAAAGGGAAUCCGAUGAUAAACAGACUACCUAUAAAACCAGUAAUGUUACAUAUAAUUAUUUACCGGAAGUUUAUUUAUUAUUGAUUUAUUUAUUAUUUUCAUAGACUGAUUCAGAAUAAUGGGAAGUGCCUUGUUCGGAAUGAUGCAGUUUCCUCAUCUUAGAUAUACAGUAAUAACAACGACGUGUGGAUUGAAAUUAAGCUAAAGAUUGACGGACCCCAUUACUGAGACGCUGAGUUUAGGUAUAAUUUGAAGCAGAAUCUUAAAUUGGUGUCUGUUAGGAUUGCAAUAUUUAUGGUAACCUUCCCAAAAUUCUGGGGGUUUCCGAAAAUCACAGUUGGAGGAUUCCCAGUUGGAAGAUUCCCUCACUGCUAAUUCCCUCGUCCAACCGGGAUUUCUGGAAAACCUGGAAAUGUUUCGGAAAGUUACCAGACAUUUUGAAACCCUAGUGUCUAGCCUGUCCUGUUCAAUCUGUUUCCGCAUGAUGUCACUGACUGCACCGCUUGUCUGCACGUACUGUACAUGCACAUAGUCACCACUACUGACCAAUGCCCAUGUCCUCCCUAUUGGAACUAUACUACGACCAUCAACAUGUUAUUGUUGCAUCUUUGAAUAACUAAAUAAUGUAGAAUUGAAACCUACUUUUUAAACACAAUGGACUUUUUAUCAGAUACAGUCAUCAUCAUAUAAAUGUUCUUCUGACCUAUAUAGUUACCUAGCAACUGAGCAGAAUACCUCCUAAGUUGUAUGGUUUUGUUUUGUAUCUGUAAAUGUCUUAUUUGAUCAGUGUCCUUACAUUUCAAUAAAGGGAUGAAAUAAUCACAGUUUUACUUUUGUUUGUAUGAGAUCCAUACGUGGUAGUUUACUCUACUACACUUCUAGAUUAAGCACAGUUUACGGAAACAUUGGGAGAAUGGUUGGGAUAGCAGCAAUGGGUCAUGCUUAUUCAAGAUGUGUAUUUGUCUUGUUAUUAUUACAUUUAAUUUCUUAAGGCAUUCCUGCAUGUUUGUUGCAAGCCAGUGCAUUAGCAAAAAGGAAUAACUUUCUUGCUUGCAUGGACAAUACCAUAUAAAUACUGUAAAUAGAUAGUAUUUCAUAAUUAAUAAAAACCUAUAGAAGUAAUAUUGAUGGUCACGUUUCAAUUAGAAUUACUUUUAGAUUACACCCUUAUUUCUAAUGUCUCCAUACUGUAAGUAAGUGGGAAAGUACCUGUAAGUACUGUAUACAGUACAGUGCAGUCAUAUACACUUCAAAGAGCUAAGCAUACACUUUAAAAAGCUAAUAAAGAGCUAAAAGGGGGUUCUGAGAUGUAUCCAGGAUAGGGCUCGGCUUCCCGUUCACAGGCUCGAAGAAAUGUUUUAGAACGGGGUGGAACUUUAACGUGUAUAUAUUAUUUUAAAUAUCAAGAUCAAUUAUCAACAUAAUUUUCUUACCACUGGUUUAUGCUGCCCUACAAAGGCAAAACCCAGUAACUACAAAUUUUGUCAAAAAUCUUUGAUCUGUUGUAAUGGCCAGGUAUAUUAUCUGAUUAAUGAUGUAUUUCGUUUCCUGACACAAGAACAAGCCAGUUGAUCAGAAUAUAUCAUGGAGUAUCAGAAAUUGCUUUCUGUCUAGACAGAAAAAUACUUUGAAGUCAGAUCUUGCAGUAAAAAAAAUGACGUAGUUACCGCGUUUUGCCUUUGUAGGGCAGUAUGGUGGGAAUUAGUUCAUACUACACACAAAUCAGGCAGAAGCUUGAUGUGCUGUUGUACAUUUUCUACUGGAUGUUUUUAACUAUAAGAACCCACACGUUUGUCAUUAUUAUUACUGAAGGGAAGUGGGUCCUUACUUGUUUUGAAAGUCUGAAUCUCUCACUAUCAACUAAAACUGUACAGGGACGAUUAUUAAAUGCAAAAAUAUGUUUAUUUGUUGUGAACUUUGUAUCCUAUGCAUACAAUAACAAAGACAUCUUCAGAUUUCUUCCGAAAAGUACAUGUUCAUAUUAUAUUCCAACUGCUUCUCAUAGAGACAGCCAGCACAUCAGUAUUUACUGUAGGUGUCAGAAAUGAAUGUAGACGAUGUGGUUUCCUACUACACCUAUGACUUCAAAUAAAUCAGCAUUUGUCCGCUGAAUUUUAAUGGAAAAGGGCAUGUGGACAAAGGCAGUUAUUUUUAACAAUGUUCUCAGAUGUUUUGGGCCUUAACUUUGUACACUAUGUUAUGAGGACCCUCAGGGCAGAGGAGUCAAUGGAAGGGUUUUCUUAAACUGUUGUGUGUUCUCGUUGUGUACAUUUAACAGUAUUGUGAUGAGGGGUAUAUACAUUGCAUUCAUGUACAGUCGCAUUAAAACUAGAAUUAGACUUGGUUGGGACAUUAUGGUUGGGUCAGAGGUAUCAAUAUAGAAUGAUCAUUUCUGUAAUUAAAGACCCUUCAAUAUGACAUGCCUUUGGUCUGAAAUGUUUGUGAAAGACCUACCACACAAAAGCUUUUGGACAAAAUUAAAUAUUGUCUUUACAGUUAAUUAAUUAUCCAAGAGGCCUGUCUGUAUUUCUCAACUGUUGUAUUUAUAUCAUAAGAUGUCAUAGGAACAUAUCUGGCAUAACAUUCACCCAACUGUGCCAAUGUAAAAUCUCUAUGACUCAUUUCAAAUGAGUUUAUCCUAUUCAUUGAAACAACAGUGCUAGUGUCCAUUAUUACUUCUCGAUGAUCAUACUGUAACAGCGCAAUAAACAAUUAUUAUAGUCAAACCAAGAGGCUGAUGUUGUGAAUAGCUAAUAAUGUUAGGAACAGAACAGAUUAUAAUAGAUGUUGAGAGUUGUUAUGUGAAGUUGAAAUCUAAACAGAUGAUUUGGUUCGACUGAAACAGGGCGUGUCAGAUUUUUUCCCAUUCCUUCUCUUUUUCUGCUGUUUGUUAGUGAACCAUUUAGUUGACAUGAUGGUUGUCGCGUUGAAAAUAAUGCAUCUGGUUCAUGCUGACGACCGAACUCAAGCUCCAAGGCUAGCAUUCCAAUCAAAUAAAACAAACAAGAAAAUAAAUGGUUAAAAAGAGAGAAAAAACUACUGAAACCUGUUUAAAACACUUAACAUUUUAAAAGUACUGUGUAUGUAAAAAUUAAUAUAUGAAUGUGAUUGAAAAUAAACAAACUGAACUUGG